AUGCGUGCACGGAGCAACCAUCAGCAACCGCAACUAUCACCGCGAGCUCAACUCAAAGCCCUCCUAGAGGCUGGGAGCAGCGACGACGAAGCCUCUCCUUCACAAGAAACCACAAAGACCAGGUCGCCACAGCGGAAACGAGACAUCGACCUCACACAAUUAUCUACACAAAAUGAGGAUGCAUCUGAUGAUGAGUCCGAGGAAGAGAUUAGACCUCGCGGUAGGCUCGCGUCAAGGAUGCAGGCCGUUACCAAGGCACCACAGGCAACGGAGGCCACAACCAACAGCAAGGAAACAACAGCUCGAGACCGCGUGAGGAAGAUGUUUGAGCUCGAGAAGGAGGCACAGAAAGAGAAAAAUGUCGAUAUGCCCGAUGCACAGUCGGAAGACGACGACCUCCCGGUUGCUCCCCGAAGAUUAUUCCGACGGGCACCACAGUCACCAGCUGCCAAUGGCUCAACUCGAGCAUCCAGAGAACCCAGCCCGGCACUUUUCGUAUCAUCACCCGCCCGCCCCUCGCCGUCCAAAUCAGCCCAAGCCGACUCCGACUCUGAAGGCAACUUGCCCUCUAAGGAACGUCUCAUGGCACUCGCCGAGCGCAAGGCGCGAGAGAGGCGCGCCCAAGAGGCUGCCGAGGAAGCACGGAAGGCCGAGCGACUUGCCCGGCAAGAAGAGCUUGCCCAGGAGCUGGAGCAAAUGGCUUCGGACGACAACGACUCCGGCAUCACUGAUGAUGAGGGUGGCCGCCGGCUCACGCAAACCGACCGACCCAAGAUCAGGAAGGCAAGCAAGAAGGCCAUCGAGGAGAUGAACCGGGAAACUCAGAGGAUGGCGAGAAACAUGCAGCUCACACACGAGGCCAAGACGCGGAAGAAGAUCACCAAGAACAGCCUGUUCGAGCGCUUCAACUAUCGUCCUGCUGGCGAGCCUGAACCCAAGGUUGUCAGCUCGAGCAGGGGCGCCACACCUCAUAGCGACGUCGAAAUGCAGGAUGCGGCGGAAACUCCACCCAGCUCACCACCAACGGCCAAGCAACCCGCGGAGCCUGUAGCUGAGAGGGCCGACAAGGACAUGGAGCUGCCAAGCGUCGACAGCCUGGCAGACUCUACCAAGCUCAAGUUGGACAAGGGCAAGGGGAAAGCCAUCGAUAUCCCUGAUCGCCAGCAACCCGCCAAAAAGCCCCGUCGCCAGGUUCGCGUCAAGCUUCCUCCUGCCAGAGUCAACGUCACCAUGUUGGACUCGGAUGACGAACUUGAGAUCACCACAACUGUUCAGGACCGGGUCAGGGCUGUUUUCGACAGUGUUCCCUCCAAGAAGGCCCAAGAGCACAACUCUAUCCACACCUUGAAAGCUCUUGCCCAACUCAAGUCCCCUGGCAAGGAGACAAGGCGACGAGAUGAUCACGGCAUGACCGCAGGCGAACUUCAGUCCUACCUUCAGCAGAAGGCCCGUCAGCAAGCCAAGGUGGAGCGUGAACGAAGAAUUGAGAUGCUCAAGGCCCAGGGUGUCGUUAUCCAGACUGCAGAGGAGCGCGAGCGCCAGAUGCAGGAGGUUGAUGACAUUGUCGCCAAGGCACGAGAGGAGGCACAGAAGAUUAUGCAGGAAGAGCGGGCUGCUGCAAAGAAGGAAAGGAAGGAGAAUGGAGAGGUUGAUCCCCUCGCCUGGGAUGAUAGCGACGAUGAGGAAUACCAGGCGUCUGGUAAUGAAGCCGAUGCAGAGGCGUCAGCUGCUGAGUUGUCUGGAUCUGAGGAGGAGGACGAAGAGUCUGAUGAAGAGGCAGACAGCAACCCUCUACUUGAGGCUGAGGCAGAGGACGCAGAGUCGGAAGCAUCUGCUGACGAUGCUGAGGACUCGACCCCUCUCGUCAGCCAGGACGUUCAUGAAGAUGCAGACGACCUACCAGUCCUGCACAAACGACGAACACGGAAACCCAUCGCCAUUAUCUCCGACGACGAGGACGAAGACAUUGUCAAGUCGACACCCAAGGCCGUGAAGACCGCUGUGCAUACAUCACCCACUGUUCCCAACACGCAGUCCCCUGCCGCUCCCACAUCAGUGCUCCGAUCAGCCAAGAAGACCUUUAUCCCUGGCCUACCCGUUCAGGGACCUGCUGGUCUUGGCUUGACCCAGAUCUUUGCUGGCACUAUGGACGAUAGUCAGCUGGACUCUGCUAACGGCCCAACUCAAUCCAUGAUGCCUGACUUCGACCACUUCCCGGAUUCCAACUUCUCGGCCACCAUGGAUGAGCCGAUGGAAGACAUGAUCAUGGAUAGCCAAAAGGACGACACUCAAAAGACAACACAGGGCGUUAAACUCAACUUUUCUCAAUCUCAGAUGCGUGGCCUCGACAGCUUGCUACGAGAGGAGAGCACACAGCUUUCUGAGAUGAUCGAGCUAUCCCAGGAUGGUGGUCUUCAGGACCACACACCCUUGAAGGACAGAUUUAUUGAAGUCCCUGUCUCGACUGUCGGUACUGUGAUGGCUGAUACUGAGGAGGCUGGCCCAGACUCGCCUCUAGUUCGCCGCGGACGUCUUCGUCGCAGGACCGAGACCCCUCUUCGCAUCGAAGAAACACCGGAGCCCACAGUUGCUGAGAAAACCAACACCGCCUUCAGCAAGCUCAAGGAGGGCGCGGAGAAGGAAAAGAAGCGCAAGGCCCAAGAGGCAUUCGACCACAAGAAGAGCAAGGCCAAGGAAAUGGUUCAGGAGCAGGCUGAGGAAUCUGAGGAUGAGUACGCUGGUCUCGGUGGUGCGGACGGUGAGGACAGUGACAACGAGUCUGUCGCCUCGCUCAAGGAGAUUAUCGACGAUGCGGCCGGAAACGAUGUCGACGAGGCUAAGCUUGCCGCUUUCUAUGCUGAUCGCGAGCGUGCAGAGGAUGAGAAGCAAGUUGAAAAGCUUUUCAAGGACAUCACGACUGGUAUGCUCCGCCGCAAGCGUGGUGCGGGUUAUGAUCUUGAUGAUUCGGACGACGAUGGCGAGGCACGCAGGCGCAUGAAGCGUCGUCAGUUUGCAAAGAUGCAGAAGGCACUGUUUGCCGAUGAGCGUGUCAAGAAGAUUGCCGAGAACCCUGGUAACCAAGCGUUCCUACGAACAAUUGAAGAUCGGGGCAGUGACGAUGAGAUGGACUUUUUGGAUGCACCGGAGGAACCAAACGAGUCAUCGCAACAGUCUCAGUCUCAGGAGGAAGACAGCAACACAUCCAACACUGUCCCUGAUAGUCAGCCACGAAAGACACUUGGCUCUGCGGACAACCGACCCCCUGCCCAUAUGCGAAGAACAAAGGACGGCAAGAAGCCUUCCAACAUUGGCGAAGUCCGCGAGACUCUUUCCAACCUUCUUGAGGAGCCUCACGGGUCAGUCAUUCCUGCAACUGAGGCUGGGUCGGACAGUGAGGGUGAAGAAGAAGCUGCUCCUCAUGGUCAUAGUGAAAAGGAGAAUGAUGGACCCAACCCCCGUCGCGGCCGCGUCGCCGUCGUUGACAGGAUUAGUCUCAAGCGCAACAACUCCUCGUCUGUCAGCACUGGGCGUAUGGCAUUUGCGUCGUCCUCGACAUCUUCAUUCAAGGUGCCUGCCCUGCUUCGCCGUGCGACAACCAACUCGCUCGUCUCAGGCUCAACUUCCACAACAAGCUCUGGAACUUCUACACCAACAAGCGGAUUUGGAGAAGAAGCCAAGAUCAAGAAGGGUGCCACCAAGAAGAGUGGUGUGCACGCUUUUGCGCGUGACAGUGAGAGGAGGGCGAAGCUGGAGGAGAGUGAGCGGAGGAGAGAGGAACGAAAGGUCAAGGGUGCCGAGAGGAGAAUUGGCGUUGUGGGCGGUCUACUGGUUUGGUGUAUCAAACACAAGGGCAAGGCAAGGGAAUGA